UUUCUAUCGCACCCGCACCGAUCCUGCACAGUUGUGGGACAACGUCGUGGGCGCGCGCACGUACUUAAUUGUACUUUAUUUUUAUAAUAAUUAAUACAUAGAAAACAAUCAAGAUGGGCUGCGGUGAAUUUCUGGUCAAAUAUAUUCUGUUCUUCGCCAAUUUGGUGUUUGCGUUGGCCGGUCUGACGCUGCUAGGUCUCGGCGUGGCAGUCCAGCUGCAGUCCUCAGACAUCGUGCAGAUAGCUGACUUCAACUUCGAGGUUGCUCCCAUCACCUCCAUGGUGGUGGGAGGCAUCGUCUUCUUCAUCGCAUUCUUCGGCUGCUGUGGGGCUAUCCGCGAGAGCAACUGCAUGCUUGUCACUUACUCGAUCUUCAUGCUGUUGCUGAUGAUUGUGAAGCUGACACUUGCCAUCCUGAUCUUCGUGAAGUUGGACGACGUGGUGAACGAGGUGCCCAAGUGGCUCAAGGAGGCCUUCAACAAGGAUAGGACUGAAUUCCAGGCCAUUGAAAGGACGUUCACGUGCUGUGGUCCGGACGGAGCGCUCUCCUACAUGAGCCCCCUCCUGCCCGACACCUGCUGCGCCACUCCCCCCUGCACCCCGGUGAACCCUUACCCCAGCUGCACCCAGAACGUCCAGGAGUUCUUCCAGACCUUCGGCGUCGCUAUCGGAUCCAUUAUGAUCGUUAUUGUGUCUAUUGAGCUGGUGGCUGCAGUCUUCGGGUUGUGCCUGGCGAACACCGUGAGAAACAAGAGCAGGAGAGCGCAUUACUAAACACCAUAACACAUAACAUUACAUUACCUAUACCACCUUAUUGUUAAGUUUACACCUAGUUGUAUUAUUUACUAUAUUAAAUUAGUUUGCUACAUGGCA